GCGGCCACGGCCGUGAGGGAGCGGUAGCGGCCCUGGGGCCCCGGGACCGUGCYGUACCUGCCGCGCCUCGCCGUGUGGCGGGCGGCGGCUCGAGCCCGRCAACCGGGUGGCUCGGCCCGCCUGCGCGGGUUUUCCUCGCGCCGAAAGAGUCUGGCGUGUGGGCCCGGGAGGCGGUUGGGUGGGAUCAGCGGGAGGGACGGCCCUGGACGGCGGCGUGGGCGCCUGGUUCUUCAGGCGGUGAGCGGCGGAGCUCCUGUCUCCGGGGCUCUGGGGUGCCUCUGGCCCGGGGAUGGGCAGGAGGGAUAUCACGCCCGUGCCUCGGAGGAGUGGCACUUCUGUUUCUCAAUGGAAAAGGUGUUUAAAACUGCCUACUGCACUAUGGAAACACACAGACAAAAUGGUAAUCUGUGGACACCUCUUAGGAACUGUGUGGCAAAGUGACGGAAAUGAAGAACUUCAGUCAUCGUGUCAGCAUGGCGGCAGUGGAAUCUGACAAAGACUCCGGAUAUUCAGAUGGAAGUUCAGAGUGCCCGAGUGCUAUGGAGCAGACGGACUCGGAGGAUGUGCUGAAUGCGUUGUGUUGGAAUGCAGAGGAUGGACCUUGGCAAUGCCCAAGGACCACAAGUAGCUCUUUUCCUGCACUAUCUUCUAUGGUCGUCAUGAAAAAUGUGUUGGUUAAGCAGGGGAGUUCAUCACAGCUUCAGUCUUGGACUGUGCAGCCAUCCUUUGAAGUGAUUCCAGCUCAGCCACAGCUAGUGUUUCUUCGUCCAUCAAUCCCACCUCCUAUUAAUCCUCACCCUGUUGGGAAAAAGAGAAAUGACUCCGCUAAUUACCUGCCCAUUCUGAAUUCUUAUCCCAAAAUAGCACCACAGCCCUGCAAAAGAGAUCACUCCUUUGAUCUAGAAGAAUGUCAGGAAACCGCUUGCCAUAAACGACUCUGCACAGARGCACCCAAGAUGGAGACUUCUCCUGUACUGAUGAGCACAGGCUUGCCUACUAGUCCUUUUGCCCACCUCCCAGUUAGCUUUAAGACCCCUCAGGAUUCUAACCAGCAAAGUUCUUCAGCUCUAGUGACAAGUGGAAAACUGUCAUCUCUUCCUGGUUUUCAUUGUGUUUCCAAUGACACUCAGAAAGUGCCAGGUUUGACUCCCCUUUUGCCUUUUGGAACUUUGCAGGCAACAAAGUGCACCCUGCAUGACAGCGAGAGUGCUUCACAGACUACAAUGCCAUCUGCAGUGUGGAGCCCUCCAUUGAUACCAGAAGAGAUUUGCACURCCCCUGAGCUGCUCUUGCAGCAACAAAGCAAGUGCAGACGCUUUCAGAAUACACUUGUUGUACUACGCAGGUCAGGAUUGUUGGAAAUCACUUUAAAAACCAAGGAGCUCAUUCAUCAGAACCAGGUGACCCAGGCCGAGUUGGAUCGGCUGAAGCACCAAACACAGCUUUUCAUAGAGGCAAUAAAGAACAAUGCUCCACAGUCAUGGGCAGAGCUAGAAGCAUCUCUAACAGGAUCUGAUAAAGCUAAUAGCAACCUUGAAGACCCCACUUAUCCCAAUAUAUAGUAAAAAGGUGCAUAGCUGUGGAUCAGGUUAUUAUUGUGCCUCCUUUUUCCUGUCUUAAACUUUUAUUUGAGCAUUUUUGAGUCCAAGAUUUGCAACGUUGCAUUGCCAUUAACAAUUUGUUUUCAGAGCCAGGUGUGGGACUGGAAAAGCAUGGUGGGUURUAGACAGAAUGGGUACCUAGUAUUGCACUUCGGCCCUGGAUUCCUCGCUAACUCUGUGUAAUUCCUUGGACUCAAGAAGCUUCAAUGUGCUCUGCUGGCAUGUUACCAUUCUUGAAGUGAAAAGGCAGUCAUUUGCAGUAUUCUGCAAGCAUCUUCCUAAUCCCAUCUUCAGAUAGUUGUUUCUGAGAGUGCAAUAGCAGAUCAGGCCCCUUUGUUGGGCCAUGAUCGGUUCUAAGUAGGUGAAGGGAGUUGGUGUGAGGUGAAAAAAGUCUUUCUCCCAUCCCAUUCCUUCUUUUUUUUAUUUAGAGAAAUCAGAUGAAUGUAUUGGGGGUGGGGGAUGUGUCAGCUUGGAUAAACUCUAAAAAAUUAAUAUACCUAAGUUUGAACUUCAAAAACCAAGCCCCAAAACAUUUUUCCACUAUAUAGAUUAUAGCAUUCCUAGGCUGCUUGUCUUGGGAUAUUGUUGACACCAUUGUGUGCAUGACAUACUGACUUUGCUAGCAGAGAGCCACAGUAGUCAUGUUACAAAAGCUGUUUUACAGACAUUUAUUUCAUUGCAGUUUAUCUAGACACUUUACAUCAUUCCCUGCAAGCUAAAGGGAUUCUUUCCAGAGGCAGUUUAUGUAGAAAAUUGAGAACACCUUUGUCUAAGGACAUUAAGGAGUCUGGAUCAUCUGUGAUACAUUCUUUUCUGUUUUCAAAAACUCAUGCCAUCUAGGUGACUAGGUAUUUUAAUUCUUUGAUUCUUUCUGUCAUGUGUUUCAGAUUGUUAAAAAAAGAAACUUGAAAGCAGAGUGGAUGUUUUGCURAUUUGUGACUAGACCUUUACAUUUUCUGAUGCCUCUAGGAAUCAGUAUUGCAGAAGACUCUAGAGAAUACUUUUGUAGUCCUUCCUCAAAUAGGUGCUUCAGAGAAAUUGGAAGGGAUUUCUCUCUUUUAAGGGAUUAUGUGCUUUUUACACUGAUGAAAACAUCUCUUAAAAAUAACAUCUCUUGCAACAUCUCUUGAGGCAUGUGAGUCCUGUCUGUACUAGCCAUGGGCCUAGAGAGAAACGAGGUAGGGUUUGCCCUAGUGGAGCUGUAGCAAACUUGUAGCCAUGCAUUUCUUGGGAUCCUGCCUACCUGCUGAAGACUGGUGCAGUACAUGAGAAUUGUUUAGAAGUGUUCAUAGACUCUGUUCUGGUAUGUGUUUUUUUUUAAAUAUACCUGCUAUAUUUGUGAUACUACCGUGUUUCCUAACACACAGGCCAGCAAUAUCUAAAUUCAGCCAACAAACCCAGAAAGCAGCACAGUGCAGUGUAAUAAUGUAGGACAUGUCCAGUAUAGACACAAUCCUAUCAGUUGUGAUAUCUGUGCCAAAUGACAUUUGGCAGAAACGAUGUAGUGGUACCUUAGAUCAUUAAUGGAGGAAGAUCUUGUUUCAUUUCAGCUUUUUGCAAGGAGAGGAGACAGUUCCAUUGAUCAGAUAGAUUUAAUAGGCCUAGAAGUGUGAGUUAUGAGAAAGUGCAUAGGGUAUUUUUCCUACUUUUCCUAAAGUUCUUAUUCUACCUAAUAAAUUAAGUGGAGAAUUUGAAGUUCAGAGUAUGUAUUUUUAGGAAGCGAUUGCCCUAGAAAACAAGAUGAUGGGCUCAGGGUACCUAGAGAUGAAAGGGAGGCAGAAAAAAUGACAUCCAAUCUUAGCUGUUUGAGACAAGGAAAAAUGAGUCUACUGGUGACCUUCUCCAUUCUAUUUCCACUGCUCUGAUAGAAUAUAAAGGAAUGAAAAACUUGCCUUGCAGGGCUGUACCCUCUGACUUAGGGAGACUUAGCUGAUGGAAAUCUCUAAUAGGCCUUGUAGUACCACAUGUAUUUUUUCCCUGACAGUACGGAGGGUGGGCUGAAGUGGGUGUGCUUACAGCUAAUGGGCCUUUUAACUGGUGUAAUUUGUAUAAAUACAUGUUUAAUAAAUCUGUGAAUAAAGUCCAGCUGCUGGUUAAAUAUCUCUUACUGGGCAUCAGUCCAGACUUAAAUAGUAUUUACUGAACUAGAAAAAUCCACUGUGGAACUCAUACUUAAAUCUGGGCAGCCUUAGGAAGCAUAUCUCUAGAUAAUAGGAAAUCUUGACACAACAUCUAUUUUUUAAAAAGGAUGUUGACAGUCUCUGGUGAUAAAUAUGUCAUCAGGUACCAUUCUGUUCAGUUUUCUUAGCUGCCUUUAUUCCUGGAAGCCCUGAUAAAGCUUUAAACAAUAAGGCCUUUUUUUUUCUUGGUUGCCRUGUAAUGAAAUAGGUUAGCUUAGAAAUGUGUUGAGAAAAUUUGUUGACUACAUAAGGGCCAGGAUAAGUCCUGAUUCUGGGCAGGAUCUGGAAGUGUCCAGUAGAUUUGAACAGAAGUAUUAGCCUCUGAGUGGAAACUCUAAGCAAUGAACAGUUGCUCAUUGCAAAAUCACAGAUUUUGUUGAUCUUUGAAGCAGCAAGAUUUGGCAUUAGGAAGUUAGCUAAAGGCAGCUGUCUCAGUCUAAUCAGUCAAUAGGGUGGCCGGCUGGCAACAAGUGGGGUAGCUUGAUGGAUCAGACAGACUGGUGUUUUUUUAUUAAGUUUUAAUAAGURUUGGUAUUUUUGAUCACUUUUACUAUGUCUUUUUGAAAUUCUAAUGUUCUAGUUGGAAUGUAAAUAUUUUCUGUACUUUCAAAGUCUGUUAGCUCUGAAUACAGUAGCCUAAGACCUCUGUUAUAGAACAUGAUUUUUUUGCUAAAACUUUACAGAAACUGACUGUGAAAUAUGAAUGAAAUAAAGUAUAUACUUGAGAAGUUUGUGGGUUAUUUAGUGCUGUUGAACUGCAAAGUCCCUGGUCCCAAAGCAUGCUUUAAAUACAGCUCCAGAGCAGCAUGUUGCCCAUGUGGGAAAGUGCAGAUCCAAAAGUGAUACUAUGAUGUAUCUCUCUGAAGAGAGCCGUGGGAUCUUUAAUAGUAUGUAUGAAUUAAAGGAUCUCUGGGAGGAGCAUGCAUAGAAAUGGGCUGUACAGAACUCUAAAAAUAUAUUGUCGUGGGUGACCGCUGCCAUAGAUCUGUCAUGAACAACCUGGAAGGAUUUUUCCAUCUCUGAACUGUUGUCUCUAUGAUGAUUGUACAUUAUGCACACCGUCUGUGCAGGGUGAACUCCUACACUAUGUCUUAAUCCUGUCAGCUGGGUAUGCAGACGUUUGAAAUUGUGAAGUAAGAAUCUUGGCUACUGAAAAUUACUGGAUUGAAAAAMAUUUAUACGCUCUUGAAGAACAUUCUCCAACUAAAUCUGUAUACCAGCUUUUUAUUAAAACACAU